AUGCCACAGGUGAUUUGGCACUUGAUCGAUGAGUGUCAGGGCGAAUACUCGUGGUAUCAGCAUCUCAUGGAGGACUUGCAAUGGCUUUGCACUCAGAAUCCCAGUUAUGACUGGCCAGAAGCGGGAGUAGACCUGCAGGGUUGGUGCCUCUUUAUCGGUCAGUGUGCCGAGUGGAAUACACUCGUGAGCAAGGCUGCCAAAGCAUGGUUGAGAUUUCAGAUUCGAAAUGCUACUCACCAGUUGUGGGAACGGGAGCUGCAUAGGCUAAUUGCGCACCUUCGCACAGCCUGUCAAUGCAUAGCCAAGUUGCGAGCUUGCUUCCCGCCUAUGACAGAAGAAGAAGUUCAGCAGAAGGAGCUUGAAGAUGUGGAAUUUUGUCAGAAGCAGAGAGCUCUCGGACUGCAUGUAAGGAAGGCCAUCCUGCCAGCAUGUAAAGUGCCGUCCGCUCUCCUGCCUGAGGUGGGUUCAGUUGAUGCGGCAGAUAUGCUGGCUCGCAAGGUUCAUGAGGACGAAAUUGAUGAGCCGUGGCUGCGGGUCAGUGGACAUUUUGCAGGUAGUGGCGAGCGAAAUGAAGUCGGAGGGCUACCUGAAGGCGGCUUUGUCUUCCAGGCAGCAGGAGGGCCCAUUGAAGGAGACCUCAAUCGCUUCUGUCCGAAUUCGUUGAUUGGACUUGAUGUUUACCUGUUGACGGAGGCAGUGGUCUUUGUGCACCUUUUUGCUGGCCACAGGAGGCAUCAGGAUUUGCAUUGGCAAAUUGAGAAUCAGACCUUUGUGGCUAGUCGAUGUGUGUAUUGCAUUAGCAUUGACCUUUGUCUGCAGGGCGAGUUGGGAAACCUUAUUGGCAAGCACCCCAUCGCCUUUUGGGUCGAUCAGAUUCGUAAGAGGAGAAUCAUUGGAGUUGGAGGAGGCCCUCCAUGCGAGACAUGGACAGCCGCCCGUUGGAUGCCAGGAGGUCCUAAGCCACUUCGUGACCAAGCUAGGCCAUGGGGAUUACCCUUUUUAAGCCGAAAGCAAGACCGCCAGGUCAGCAUAGGCACGGAGCUGCUGCACACGAUAGUCCAGCUCAUGUGGGAAGCCGCCAUCAUGGGGGGUUGUGCAUGGCUGGAGCAUCCGCAAGUUGCAGUAUGGGCCGGACAGAAGCCAAUUCCAUCGAUCUGGAGGCUGCGAGCCUUGAG